CUUGACAGUACGCGCGGAUGGCUGACCGCGGUUAGUCUGCUUCGAUCGGACGGCAACUAGAGGUGUUCACCUUGCACUUGAAAAUACUCUCCGGGAACGCUGCGUCUGUUGAAUUGCGGUCACGACAUUGCCUCCUUGUCACAAGCUGCAGAAGGAUUGAUAAACUUUUCUUCCUGCAUCGGAUUUGUUUUGCUCCAAGACAGGAUUUUUUAACAUUGCCCAGUCGUUUGAUAUCCCAGCUCUCAUUUCUGGAGGAUGGGUCGCUGAUCCCAGAACCUGCUGUGCGAUAUAUCCGCUCUGUGAUUGGUCAUUUUGGUCGAUACCUGCUGUCAUGGCUAAGAGCCCAGAGGUGAAGCUGGCUGUUUUUGGAAGAGCAGGAGUUGGGAAAUCAGCUUUGGUGGUGAGGUUUUUGACCAGACGUUUCAUCUGGGAGUACGACCCAACACUUGAAUCAACCUAUCGCCAUCAAGCAACCAUAGACGAUGAGGUUGUAGCCAUGGAGAUCCUUGACACAGCCGGGCAGGAGGACACGCUGCAAAAGGAGAGCCACAUGCGUUGGGGAGACGGCUUUGUCAUCGUCUAUGACAUCACAGACCGGGGCAGCUUCGAGGAGGUGGGCCCAUUACGGGGCCUACUAGAGGAAGUGAAGAAACCCAAGAAUGUCCCGUUGGUUCUGGUGGGCAACAAGGCUGACCUGGACCAUGCCAGGCAGGUGGGGACUGAAGAAGGAGAGCGCCUGGCCGCCGAGAUGGCUUGCGCCUUCUACGAAUGCUCGGCAUGCGCCGACGAGGGUGGCACGGUGGCGGAGGCGUUCCAUGAGCUGUGCCGCGAGGUGAGGCGUCGCAAAGCGGUCCAGGGCAAGACCAGACGUCGAAGCUCCACCACCCAUGUCAAGCAGGCCAUCAACAAGAUGCUGACCAAGAUCAGUAGCUAGGAGGAGACAGAAGCACAAGGAACAAAAAGGACAGACUGAAGACGAACUAAAAGAUCACAGUCAAUGGCUUCAAGGAUUUAGAUACGUGGAAAUCGACCAUACAUCCAUUCAAGCUGCUAAGGACCAGGAAUAUUAAAUGAUGAAUGUAAAGGGAACAUCUUCACUCUUAGUGUCAAUCCACAUAGCUCAUUAAUGGUGUGCCAGAAUUCGCUGUUGACUAAAGACUCUAAAAGAUGCUGAAAUUACUUUUGACCAUGUUUGACAACUAAGGUCACAAGCACAAAGCAGAACAUAUAAAUCACAUGAUGGGAACUAUUUUGUCCCUAAGGGAGGUAAAAUAACUUGUUUUACCAACGGAUCAUAUAUACUACCAGGGAACAGGUUAGAGUUUGUUACUCAGAAGUACCAAUCUCAGAGAAUUCAAUGAAAUUGACUCUUCCUUCCUGAGCAUCACAGUUAAUUGUGUAUAUUUUAUCUACUGAUCCACAGAUUUUAAACACAAUAUACAAAAUAAUAGACAACACGAACCCAACGUGUGUUCAUCAGAUUGAUGAAUAAACAAUUUGUAUUUUCCUCUUCCUGUAGCUUGUUUGUGGAAUAAUGUUUUGAUAUGCUGUAGCCCCAUGGGGGUAGAUUUGUUCUUAAAGCAGUGCUGAAAGUACUAUCAUGGUCUUAGAUCACUAUGACGUGUGUACAGAGCUCAGCCUUGGGUUCUUGUUGACCUUAGAGAUAUCAUCCAAGCUGUGCCGUUGGUUGUCAAACCAUUAUUCACUGUCCCCUUACAUGACAAUGUCCAUCACGCUAUUUCGAUAUCAAACUCCGUUUCUAAACCUCGACCCCGAUUUUACCUAGCACAAGAAGAACUCCCUGUAUUUGUCCAGAACAAUGCUAUAAAGAUACUCAAAUGCAUCAAGGUAACUAACACAAGGUAGCAGAGGGGGUCCAAUGUUUAGUUUGUGAAUCAAUGUUAAUAUUGUUUAAUGUUCACAACCUUUGAGAAGAAUAGUUGCCAUUUUUCAUUCUAGGUUGCAUUUGAGAGACAGUCUUUAUAGAGAAUGCCUCUCUUAGAAGUACCUUUAAUUGUAAACUAUGUAUGAUAUUGCCUUAAACAUUAGCCUCAAUGGAGCGUACCGUACAUAACCCAAAUCCUGUAUUUUAACUAAAUGCGCUUUCCUUUCUUGCAAUGUACCCAACCUGUGUGAGUUUUAAGCAUGGAGCUCAAACUGACACAUUUGCUGUGCAAUUGUAAUUAAACAUUAGAUAUAUCCUACAAUGACUUUGAAAAUGUAUCCAUGUUAUCAAAAAUAAAAAAAAUGCCAUUGUUAA